CUUUUUCCACCGUCUGCUCUGUUGCCAUAGAUGUUAUCGUCGUUGUAUCGCGCACGCCUCAUCUCGUCUGCAAUAAAAACGGGCGGGAAUGCAUUUUGCCCGCCUGUUUAGACGUGGUCUACGUGAGAGUACGACCGUAUGUCUCGUUGCCGUAGAAACUGAUGGGAUGUAGCCCACAGGACCUCGUAUAAAGGCCCGAGUAUAGGCCUGGACAUUGACUACAUAGGCCUACACAAGCUAGCGGACACAUUUUUUAAAGGAUCAAACUUUUUUUCCAAAAUGGAGUACUACUGUGCGCUGGUGCUGUUCUUAUGCGGAGUUUCAACCAUCAACGCCCAACAGCCGACCCCGAAUGCCACCGUCACCUUUACCCCACAAUCCUCGGCAGACACCAUCACCACCGUCUCCCUGAGUCUGCCCCAAUCAACUGGUGCUGUCCUGACUGACACCAUGACAUCAGGCACGUCUGGUGUCCAGUUCACCACCACGCCACAGCCACGUAUGACUACGGAGCCAGCCGGGUCCACCAACUCCCCGGGUAGUUCAUCAACCGAGGCGCUAUCGGAGGACCCGAGGUACCCGUUGUACAUUGUGGGGUUCUUUCCGAUCUCCGGGGAUAGUUUUCACCGCGGGAACAGCGCCUUGCUGGCAGCGAACCUCGCCCUGGAGCACAUCAACGACAAGGAGGACAUCCUCCCGGGAUAUCGGCUCGCCAUGAACUGGAAUGAUAGCUUUUGCAAUGCAGGUAUAGCUACUCAGGCUCUAUUUGAGCACAUCAACUCCGGGACCAAGUAUCACAUGCUGCUAGGUGCAGGCUGCUCCUCCGUGGCUCAGACCAUCUCAUUGGCUGCCGACCUCUGGAACAUUAUCCAGAUAUCGUAUUCAGCAUCCAGCCCAGCGCUGUCAGUCCGUAGCCAGUACAAGACGUUCUUCCGUACCAACGCUGCCGACUCCCAGUUCAACAACGCCCGCCUGGCGAUGAUCAAGCGAUAUAAUUGGACCCGAGUGGCCACCCUGCACGAAAACCAGGAAGUCUUCUCGACAUCCAUCAACGAUUUCAGCACUCUACUGGCCAACAAUGAUAUCGAACUGAUAACUUCAGAGAGCUUCACCGUGGAUCCGGAAGAACAGGUCAAGAAUCUUAAGAGCAAAGGGGCGUGGAUAAUCUUCGGCAACUUCUACGAGAACAUGGCCAGGCGUGUAUUUUGCCAGGCGUAUCAGCAGAAGCUGUACGGUAAGCAUUAUGCCUGGUUCCUGCCCGGCGGGUACAAGGACAAGUGGUGGGAGGUACCGGACGAUGAAGUCGCUUGCACUCCCGAGGAGCUGCACCAGGCAAUUAAAGGAUACAUCUCGACUGAGAACAUCCCCUUGAGUAUCUACAAGGACCAGAAAACUCCGUCUGGUUACACUGCGAGGGAAUAUGAGGCGAUUGUGGAGGAACUGUUUGAUGCCCAGAAGAACCAGACGUCAUUUGACGCCAACAAGGCUGCCGCCUCCUACGCCUACGACGCUACCUGGACCAUCGCACUCACGCUUAAUAAAAGCUUGAGCAAUUUCACAUCGGACAGUUUGGAGGAUUUUCACUAUGAGAACGUGGCGAUGCGGGAAGUGUUCAUGGACACUCUCUACAACUUGGAAUUUGAAGGUGUCUCGGGGACAGUCAGCUUCACCAGAGAUGGCAAUCGGGAAGGAUUAAUUGAAGUCCGCCAGAUGAAAGAAAGCACGGAGGUACCAAUUGGCCGAUACUCGCCUCAGAAGGAAGAGCUUAUCAUCGACGGUAUCGAAUGGCAAGGUGGAGUAGCACCUAAAGAUGCAACCACUGAGAGGAAUAUCAGCCUGUACGUCCCACACACCUACAUUUACGUAGCUGCUGGGUUUUCGGGUGUUGGGGUCACGCUAGUCUUUGUCCUAGCUCUCUUCAUGGUGGCAUACAGGCAAAGAUCUGUAUUUGGUCGAGCCAUGCCCGGUUAUCUGGGUGUUAUGCUAUUCGGCUGUGUUCUCCUCUACGGCACGGUGGUGCUGCUUGGUAUGGAUAGCGGUCUCGUCGGACAGGAAUACUUCACUACUAUCUGCAAGCUGAGCUCAUCAACACUGACCAUUGGAUUCGCCUGUGCUUACGGUGUCCUGUUUUCCAAGAUAUAUCGGGCACACAAGCUGCUGGUGACCAAGGCUAACCUGUGGAAGCCAGAUCCACACGGUGGUCACAUGGCCCGGACCAUGUUGAUCUUCUUUGUUGUAGACAUCGCCGCCUUGGUCGUGUGGAUCGUGGCCUUCCCGAUGCAGUCAACCACGGAGAUUGUGAAUGAGAGGUUGAAUGAAAACGAGAACACACGAUACAAUGACCUGGUUGAGUUCUGCACCCAGGGUGACUCUAUCUACUUCAUUGUUGGGUUGUUCGUCUUUCACGGUCUGGCACUCUUACUUGGUGCGUUCCUGGCCUACGAGACCCGCGAGCUGAAGAUCCUGUCCCUGAAUGACACCUUUUGGACCGGCAUCGCCAUCUACUGCGUGGUCACCUUGAGCGUGGUCAGUGCGCCCCUGUCCUUCAUUCUCAGCAACACCCCACAGAUCUCCUACGCCGUCAUCGGUGCUCUGACCUGGACCGCCGUCACGCUGACACUGCUCAUCGUCUUCAUGCCCAAGCUGGUUGCCUUGCGUCACUCGUUCGGUGACAAGACGGAUGCAGACUACCGCACAGAUGACGAGAUUUACGAAGAGGAGGUGGACGAGGAGACCAAACUACGUCACAAGAUCGAUGAGGUGGACCGAAAGAUUGAAAUAGUGAAGAAAGAAGUCAACCAGCGCACCAGCUAUGGCCGGCAGGGCGUCACACGAGGCUGCGGCCUGUGGUGCUUUGGUCAUUUCUUCGGCUGCAGUUGUGGCCAGCUCACCAGCGAGGUUGCCGAGAUCGUAGCCUCGGUCCGUGGAGACGAGGACACAGGCGAGAUACGGGUCCUGUCCUACGACAACAAGGGCCUUCAGGUGUCGGAUUGGAACCUGGAGCAAGGUGGGGCUACCUCCCCGACGGGCGAGGCGGCGGCGGUGAGUAACGGUGCGGCCCCUGUCCACGGCUCGGAGAUGGAUGCCCGUGAUGCCUCGGACAUCACAGUGGCGGUGGAGGCCUACCACGACCCGCCAAAAUACUCCACCGCAGUCGCGGAGAAAGCUGCGGCGGCUGAGAGAGCCAACGGCCGGAUGAGUUCGGCGCCACCGACCGAUGACGACUCGGACGGUGAUGCGGACCUGGGUCCAGGUAGGAAAACCCCACAGGAAUCACCUAGGGCGUCACCAAUCGGCAUGAAGGGCCAACAUGAGGCUGGCGAUUGGGUGCCGGGUGAGCAUGACGGGGAUGACAUAGAAAGCACGAUGAUGUAAAUAUGAAUGACUUCAUAUCGUCUUCAUAUUAUGUUUGUGAUCACAUGUUAUGUCAUACCUUAUACUUCGAGUAUCUUCAAUGGUAAACACUGUGGUAAAUAUUUAUGUAUAUAAUUGUUGAAGAGGCUUACAAAAAUAUGCAUCUUGCCAUAUAAAUGUUAUAUGUUUUGUGUCAAAAUUAUAGAAAACCUGAAUUGCACAAAUUAAUGAUAUGUAUACUAAAUUAUAUGUUAUAUUACCUCGGUUUUGUAAGUGCUUGGGAAAGCAUGAAUUUUUUUUUAUUUUUUAGUAUAUCAUAGCAUAAAUAUUGGUGUAUCAUAUUUAUUAUUUAUUGCAUAUUGACUGGGUUGGAAGUAGAGUACAGUAUAUUGAAAGUAAUGAUAACUGUAAUGUAAAUUUUGUUCGCCCAAGGUAACUAAAAAAAUUGAAGUCAUACUAUAAAUUAAAUUGGUAAAUAUUUCUAUAGAUAACUUAAUCUGUUUCUAGGAUAUCAUGUAAAUGUCAAUUGGCCUGUUAAACAUGGAUGUAUUUAAUUGUAAGUAGUUUUAACAAAAUAAAUUCUGGUAAUCUUUGAACAACAAAUUAAAAGACAUAUAUUUUAACAUAUAAAUAAUGUGUGUAAAAUGUGUAAAAUGUGAAUAAUUGUGCCAAUGUAUGUAUCUGCAUUCAUCACUUUAUCUAAUGAAUGAAUAAAAAACAUAUUUCUGCUUCAUUUCUAGGCUCCUCUCACUCCACAUGUUAAUUAGCCUAAACAAAAUAUUUUUGCACAUUGUGCAGGCAACAUUUAGAAGCUAUGAACAUAUUACGACUUAUUAAUAGACAAAAUUUUGAUUGAAUACAACAGAUAUUUUUGAAGUAAUUGUCUCCACAAGGAGUGUGUAUUUUUACUUGCGUUAAAGAUUGACUUUAAUUCGGAUUGUAUUUUUCGCGCUGAACGUACUCAAUUGUUUCGAUAUAUUAACUUUAUUGUUUGACAAUCUUAGAAAUUUAACUGGUGUCUGUAAGACAUCACGAUCAAAUUGUAGACUGUAUUUAAGUUGAAUACAAUAUGGAUUGUUGGUGUUGUCUGGAAAUCAACUGUGUUGUUCUGAUUGCAUAAAUAACGACUUUCGGAUUGUAUUUUUUGCGCUGAACGCACUCAAUUGUUUUUAGUAAUAUCAACUUUAUUGUUUUUCAAAUCCUCUUGUAAUUUAAACCUUUUCAUGAACAUACCACGAUUUAUUAUUAAACACAAUUUCAAUUCAGUAGAACGGAUAUAUCUGAAGUAAUCGUCUCCACAACGAGUGUGUUGUUUUAGUUGCAUUAUAUAUUGACUUUAAUUCGGAUUAUAUUUUUUUUUGCGCUGAACUCACUAAAAUGUUUUGGUGAUACUAAUGCUAUUGUUUGGCAUUUCCUCUUAUAAUUUGAAAAGCUUAUGUAAGACAUCACGAGCACAUAAUAGACCAAAGUUCAAUUCAAUACAACAAGUAUUUCUGGAGUUGUCGUCUGGAAAACAAGUGUGUGGUUUUCGUUGCAUUAUUACGAUUGUCCUUAACUUGGAUUGUAUUUUUUUCGCUGAACGCACUCAGUUGUUUAGGUGAGAUCACCUUUAUUGUUUAACAGUUCCACUGGACAUAGAAUAUGCUUCUUCACAAUGGUAGGGCAUGUUAAUAGACAACAUUUCAAUUGAAUACAACUGGUAUUUCUGAAUUUAUUGUCUGGAAAUAAAAAUGUGGCACUGAUUGCACACAGUAAUUGUUUCGGUUAUAUUUACAUUUUUUUCCGACAAUUCCUCUUGUAAUUUCAACUACUUCUGUCAAAUAGUACGCCCAAUUAUGGAAUAAAAUUGCAAUUCAACAGAACACCUA